GAUCUCUCUCUCUGUUGAAAAUGUGUGUGCUGUGUCUUCGAAUCGAUUGGGAACGAUGGUUGGGAGGAAGACAGUAGUUGCUAGCAUUGAUUGCCUGAUUGCGGCGCAGUGGGAUACCUUCGACCGGUUGACGUUGGCCCGAGUGGGGGAUUUGGGGUGCGGUGGUGAUGGACGGGGACAUGGAGGGUCUCUGGCCUAUACAGGCUGGUGAGGGCUGACCUCGACCUGAACGGUCUCUCCCGUUCGGGCUUCGGAUGUAAUUCUGCUUGAUCAAAAGAAACAUUACUUCGUGAAAACUGUUGAUAUCACUCCAGUGAUUCAUUAUGGGGGAACUAUUCAGGAGUGAGGAGAUGACACUUGCACAGCUUUUCUUACAGUCAGAAGCUGCUUACUGUUGCGUCAGUGAACUUGGAGAGCUCGGGAUGGUCCAAUUUCGAGAUUUAAAUCCAGAUGUGAAUGUAUUUCAGCGCAAAUUUGUAAAUGAGGUUCGGCGUUGUGAAGAAAUGGAUCGUAAGCUACGAUUUGUUGAAAAGGAAAUCCGAAAAGCAAACCUUGUCAUUUUGGACACUGGAGAGAAUCCUGAAGUCCCUUUUCCUCGAGACAUGAUUGACUUGGAGGCAACCUUUGAGAAACUUGAAAAUGAACUGAAGGAAAUCAAUACUAACCAGGAGGCGUUAAAACGUAAUUUCUUGGAGCUGACUGAGCUGAAAUAUAUUCUACGGAGAACCCAACAAUUCUUUGAUGAGGCUGAAUUGCAUCAUCAGCAGAUGUCUGAUCCAGACCUAUUGGAGGAAUCGUCUUCCCUGCUGGAGCCAAGUGAGCUGGGACGCGGUGCCCCCUUGAGACUUGGCUUUGUGGCUGGAGUGAUAAACCGAGAGAGGAUCCCUACCUUUGAACGGAUGUUGUGGCGUGUGUGCAGAGGAAAUGUCUUUCUACGCCAAGCUGAAAUUGAAAACCCCUUGGAGGAUCCUGUAGCUGGAGGUCAAGUAGACAAAUCUGUCUUCAUCAUCUUUUUUCAAGGUGACCAGUUGAAAAAUCGAGUGAAGAAAAUUUGUGAAGGGUUUCGAGCCUCCCUCUAUCCCUGCCCAGAAACUCCUAACGAAAGGAAAGAAAUGUUGGCUGGUGUCAACACACGAAUUGAUGAUCUUCAAAUGGUCUUAAAUCAGACUGAGGAUCAUCGUCAGAGGGUUCUGCAGGCAGCUGCAAAGACUAUUCGUGUAUGGUUUAUUAAAGUACGAAAAAUGAAGGCCAUCUAUCAUACCCUUAACCUCUGUAAUAUUGACGUAACUCAAAAAUGCCUAAUUGCUGAAGUCUGGUGUCCAGUUACUGACUUGGAUUCAAUUCAGUUUGCCCUCCGCAGGGGUACGGAACGCAGUGGAUCAACAGUCCCAUCUAUCUUGAACAGGAUGCAAACGAACCAAACUCCUCCAACUUACAACAAAACCAACAAAUUUACUUACGGCUUUCAAAACAUUGUGGAUGCGUAUGGAAUUGGCACCUAUAGAGAAAUUAAUCCUGCUCCAUACACAAUUAUUACCUUCCCUUUUCUCUUUGCUGUUAUGUUUGGGGAUUUUGGCCAUGGCGUCUUGAUGACUGCUUUCGCUGUGUGGAUGGUGUUGAGAGAGAGCCGCAUAUUGUCGCAGAAAAGUGAAAAUGAGAUUUUCAGCACUGUCUUCAGUGGUCGCUACAUUAUUUUACUGAUGGGGAUUUUCUCUGUGUAUACUGGCCUAAUAUACAAUGACUGCUUCGCAAAGACGCUCAACAUGUUUGGUUCGUCAUGGAGUGUUAGACCGAUGUUUCAGCCAGUAGGAAACUGGACGGACAAAACCCUUCAAGGUAAUCAACAUCUUCAGCUGGACCCUGCUCAGCCUAACGUCUUUAAUGGGCCAUACCCCUUUGGAAUAGAUCCCAUAUGGAAUAUUGCUACAAACAAACUUACGUUUCUUAACUCCUUUAAAAUGAAGAUGUCAGUGAUAUUGGGUGUUGUUCAUAUGGUCUUUGGAGUGUCUCUCAGCCUCCUGAAUCACAUAUAUUUCAAAAAGCCACUGAACAUCUAUUUUAGCUUUAUUCCCGAAAUAAUUUUUAUGUUGUGUUUGUUUGGCUAUCUUGUCAUCCUCAUCUUUUACAAGUGGACUGCUUAUGAUGCUAGCACGUCGAAAGAUGCUCCCAGUCUUCUCAUCCACUUCAUCAAUAUGUUCCUAUUCAGUUACAAUGAUAAAACCAUGAAGUAUCUGUAUAAAGGACAGCGAGGUCUCCAGUCCUUCUUGGUGAUUGUAGCUUUGCUGUGUGUUCCAUGCAUGCUUGUGGUGAAACCACUGGUACUGCGCCAUCAACAUUUGCGGAGAAAACAUUUGGGGACACACAACUUUGGAGGAAUAAGAGUUGGGAAUGGACCAACCGAGGAGGAUGCUGAGAUAAUCCAACAUGAUCAGCUUGAUACCCAUUCGGAGGAUGGAGAGGAACCCACUGUGGAAGAAUUGUUUAACUUUGGUGAUGUUGCUGUACAUCAGGCCAUCCAUACCAUUGAGUACUGCUUGGGAUGUGUUUCUAAUACUGCCUCCUACUUGCGGUUGUGGGCGCUGAGUCUGGCUCAUGCACAGCUCUCUGAAGUUUUGUGGACCAUGGUUAUGCACAUUGGACUGUCAAUAAACAGCUUUGGUGGAUCUUUCCUCCUGUUCUUCAUAUUUGCUGCUUUUGCUGUGCUGACAGUGGCAAUUCUCCUCAUCAUGGAGGGUCUUUCUGCAUUUCUGCAUGCUCUUCGUUUGCACUGGGUUGAGUUCCAAAAUAAAUUCUACUCUGGCUCUGGUUACAAAUUUGUUCCCUUUUCCUUUGAAAGCAUUCUCGAAGGAAAGUUUGAAGAGUAAAACUGAAGAUGUAUUAAGUUUCAAGAUCUGUCUGCUUUGUGGUUUGUAAAUGUGUGGUUUGUGAUGUGCAUAUAGAUCAUGUAAUUUAUGCCCUUUAUAACAUAAUGCAAAGUUGUAGCAGAUUUUGAUACUUUUCUGCAUGCACUGAAACCAAAUGUUUUCCUUGUGUGAAUCAAUGCAGUUAUGAAGUAUGACUGUUGCAUUGAAUUGAAUUUGUCCCACUCGAUGUUCACUUAAUGGUUUCUUGAGUAUAAUUGCCUCUUUUCGGUAAACAUGUUCAUAUAGAUAAGCUGUUCACUUUUUGUGUCUUGGAAAGGCUGGGACUAAGCUGACAGUAUUGCAGUAUUAUACCUCCUAGUAAUUUUACACAAUGCAGGAUAAGACUUGUAGCUAGCUACAAAUUUAUUUAUUUAACUUUGUGGGACGUGAAGGGCAAGAUGUUGGUCUUCAGGGAAAAGAUAGGUGAGCACUAGAAUGCAACAUUGGGAUGGUAUUCUUGACCACCACUUAUUAAAAACACUAUGAUACAUAUAACUUACGAUUCAGUUAUAGGAAACUUGACCAUGUGUGGGCACUAUCGGGUAGGGUGAAGGUUCAGUGCACAAAGCACAAUUAUGUAUAGAAAUGUAUUAAUUUUGACUAAGUGACUUCGGUUGUUGCUAAACUUACUCCAGAGAAGAUUUUCAGGAAUUGCAUUCAUGAUGCCCACCUUAGCAACCAGAGUUAAUCAUCUUGCAAUGUAAGGGAAUUCUAAAACGACAUUUAAAGUACUUUGCAGCAUUGCACUAGAAGGAGCAUUGUUCUGCUUGCUGCGCAGUUUCACAUUGUUUUGUUUUUUCCCCCUCUCUGGUUCGAUGGGAAAUGUUAAUCACUUUGAACUGUAUGCUUUAGACCAGUAUCUCAGUUACUGGACUGAACAAACAUCCCAUAUCUUCCCCACAACCCAAGUGACUUACUUUUAAUUCUGGCCACAUUCACUUUUCUCCUAUAGUUAAGGUUUCAACUUUGUUUCACCUAGGUUUAAAGGGAACAUUUGGAGUACUGUGGGGAGAGAGUGACACAUUUUGUUGACUCGGAUAAAAUUGUAAAGCCAUUCAUGUCAGCUGCCUUAGAGACCCUGGUAAUUCUUGGAGAUCUAAAAAUAAAGAACAUCUUCUAUCUGGUUCAGUUUUAAACUUCUAUCAUGGAAUUUUUUAAGACACUCAUACAGUUUGCAGGAAAUUAGUUACCCCCAACCCUUACAUUGGGCAGAUGAGCUGAAUUCCAUCAAUGAAUAGUUGUUACUCUUGGUGUUGGUAUGAGCCCAGAGCCACUUUUUUGUCUCUCCAGAUUCCCAAGAAAAUAUUAUCAAGUUGAAAUCUUCAUACUGAAUUUUUCAUUUAUUGUGCAUUGACCACUCGAACACAGUAUAUCCAGUCCAAAAAUCCGUAAUGAUAUGGUUUUGAUUUCUAUAAUGAUUAACCCAGCAGCAUCUGCAGAGAAGUGGAACAGUUUUUAAUGCAUCAAUUGAAUAAGCCUGUCAUGGCAGUUAUUGGCGGUUGCUGGGCUAUGGGUUAUUUCUGUGAAAUUAUAACACCCUCUGUUAAGUUUUGUUUUUAUAUUUUUGGAAUGACCAAAUUAAUGGAGUACUUUAGUUAAGAGUCAUACAGGUUGAAAACUCCUCAAAUGUACAUCUGGGAUGUACAGUGUGGCAGUCACGCUAACUUGUAUUUGAAUAUUAAAAGGAUUAAAAUAUCAUUUCCCUACCAGUUCCACCCACAAGCCCAUUGGCACCAUUUUUGGGUUGGCCUCUGCAUUGUUUUAUGACCAAUCUUCUUGAUUUUAUUUGAAUGAAUUGUGUCUUCUCAAGGUUUUGUAAAUCAAACAUCUCCUCUUAAGCAUUAAUGGUCAGUUAAUCCAGAUUUGUCUUUCUGCUUGGAUCAUAAUUUUGCAUUGUCAUAGCGACUAUUAAUUUAACUGAAUGUUAAUACAUGUUUCUCCUUAUUAUCUUUGUCUUUGGCAUUUACUUCAUGUAAUGAAAUUUGGUUUUGGCGUGAUACAGAUGUUGAACAUUGGGAAUUCUCCUCUUCUAAUAAUGGUGUUGCCAUUGUAACUUGCAUGGUGUUUCUCUGUGUUGUGUACAAAAUUCAACGGCCAAAUUAAACUUGUCCUCGUUGAUUUAAUCAAAUGAUUUGCACUCAAAAUAUUUGCAUAUCUUUGAAACAUUUGAACCAUUAUAAUCUUUAUUUCAUUUUCUUGCUUUGCUGCAAUAUUUGGUUUUAGAAUUAGAUACUACUGUAGUUUCUGAUAUACUCCUGAAUACAAUGUAUGAAGAAGCCCACUUCUUUUUAAAAAGAAAGGUAUUUGUUUUUGGGACCCCCUUUGACCUGUUGCACAAUGAUCAUGUUUCAUGUCAUUAUGGUGUAGAAGAAGGGAUCGAAACAGCAUUAAAUAAUAUUGUAGUUAAGCUUGUGUAUAGCAAUUUUUGUCAGGAAAAGUCGCCCUUUGUACUUAUUUGUACUAUUCUGAUUUGGGCAUAAAGGCAUGACUAUCUUGCAGAUUAUUCUGCCCUUCAGCCAACUGACCAAUCCACAUGUGUCUGAAUAUUUGAAUUGUACUGGUUGAUGUAUAUUGUAAUAUAAGCUGACUGCAACUCCUGACAGCAAACUAUCAAUAUAUCAAACAUUGUGCCAGCAUGUUACACUAAUUUUGUGUAUGUACUUUCAGAAUGGCUGAGCCACAACUGAUGAAUUCUACCUGUCUGUUAAUACUUGUUUGCUGUUGUGAUUUUUGUUUACAUGUUUUGACUGUUUACAGCUUGUGAUUGUGUGCCCAUUUGAAUCUAAGUUCUUUAGUCACUUUAUGUGAUUAUUUAGAAACAAUUUCAAUCUGAUUGAAGCUUGUGCAUAAUGUCAAUGUAUAUUUAAACAUAGAAUAAAAACAGUGAAAUGUAAAAAUG